AUGGGCGAGCACCUACUGGCUUCACCACCCCGACGUGGGCGAGCACCUACUAGCUUCACCACCCCGACGCGGGCGAGCACCUACUCGCUUCAGCACCCCGACGUGGGCAAGCACCUACUCGAUUCACCACCCCGACGUGGGCGAGCACCUACUCGCUUCACCACCCCGACAUGGGCGAGCACCUACUCGCUUCACCACCCCGACGUGGGCGAGCACCUACUCGCUUCACCACCCCGACGUGGGCGAGCACCUACUCGCUUCACCACCCCGACGUGGGCGAGCACCUACUCGUUUCACCACCCCAACGUGGGCGAGCACCUACUCGCUUCACCGCCCCGACGUGGGCGAGCACCUACUCGCUUCACCGCCCCGACGUGGGCGAGCACCUACUCGCUUCACCACCCCGACGUGGGCGAGGACCUACUCGCUUCACCACCCCGACGUGGCACCUACUCGCUUCACCACCCCGACGUGGGCGAGCACCUACUCGCUUCACCACCGCGACGUGGGCGAGCACCCACUCGCUUCACGGCCCCGACGUGGGCGAGCACCUACUCGCUUCACCACCCCGACGUGGGCGAGCACCCACUCGCUUCACCACCCCGACGUGGGCGAGCACCUACUCGCUUCACCACCACGACGUGGGCGAGCACCUACUCGCUUCACCACCCCGACGUGGGCGAGCACCUACUCGCUUCACCACCCCGACGUGGGCGAGCACCUACUCGCUUCACCACCCCGACGUGGGCGAGCACCCACUCGCUUCACCACCCCGACGUGGGCGAGCACCCACUCGCUUCACCACCCCGACGUGGGCGAGCACCCACUCGCUUCACCAACCCGACGUGGGCGAGCACCUACUCGCUUCACCACCCCGACGUGGGCGAGCACCUACUCGCUUCACCACCCCGACGUGGGCAAGCACCUACUGGCUUCACCACCCCGACGUGGGCGAGCACCUACUGGCUUCACCACCCCGACGUGGGCGAGCACCUACUAGCUUCACCACCCCGACGUGGGCGAGCACCUUCUUGCUUCACCACCCCGACGUGGGCGAGCACCUACUCCCUUCACCACCCCGACGUGGGCGAGCACCUACUCGCUUCACCACCCCGACGUGGGCGAGCACCUACUCGCUUGACCACCCGGACGUGGGCGAGCACCUACUCGCUUCACCACCCCGACGUGGGCGAGCACCUACUCGCUUCACCACCCCGACGUGGGCGAGCACCUACUCGCUUCACCACCCCGAUGUGGGCGAGCACCUACUCGCUUCACCACCCCGACGUGGGCGAGCACCUACUCGCUUCACCGCCCCGACGUGGGCAAGCACCUACUUGCUUCACCGCCCCGACGUGGGCGAGCACCUACUCGCUUCACCACCCUGACGUGUGCGAGCACCUACUCGCUUCACCACCCCGACGUGGGCGAGCACCUACUCGCUUCACCACCCCGACGUGGGCGAGCACCUACUCGCUUUACGACCCCGACGUGGGCGAGCACCUACUCGCUUCACCACCCCGACGUGGGCGAGGACCUACUCGCUUCACCACCCCGACGUGGGUGAGCACCUACUCGCUUCACCACCCCGACGUGGGCGAGCACCCACUCGCUUCACGACCCCGACGUGGGCGAGCACCUACUCGCUUCACCACCCCAACGUGGGCGAGCACCCACUCGCUUCACCACCCCGACGUGGGCGAGCACCUACUCGCUUCACCACCACGACGUGGGCGAGCACCUACUCGCUUCACAACCCCGACGUGGGCGAGCACCUACUCGCUUCACCACCACGAAGCGGGCGAGCACCUACUCGCUUCACCACCACGACUUGGGCGAGCACCUACUCGCUUCACCACCCCGACGCGGGCGAGCACCUACUCGCUUCAUCACCCCGACGUGGGCGAGCACCUACUGGCUUCACCACCCCGACGUGGGCGAGCACCUACUUGCUUCACCACCCCGACGUGGGCGAGCACCUACUCCCUUCACCACCCCGACGUGGGCGAGCACCUACUCGCUUCACCACCCCGACGUGGGCGAGCACCUACUCGCUUCACCACCCCGACGUGGGCGAGCACCUACUCGCUUCACCACCUCGACGUCGGCGAGCACCUACUCGCUUCACCGCCCCGACGUGGGCGAGCACCUACUCGCUUCACCGCCCCGACGUGGGCGAGCACCUACUCGCUUCACCGCCCCGACGUGGGCGAGCACCUACUCGCUUCACCGCCCCGACGUGGGCGAGCACCUACUCGCUUCACCACCCCGACGCGGGCGAGCACCUACUCGCUUCAUCACCCCGACGUGGGCGAGCACCUACUCGCUUCACCACCCCGAUGUGGGCGAGCACCUACUCGCUUCAUCUCCCCGACGUGGGCGAGCACCUACUCGCUUCACCGCCCCGACGUGGGCGAGCACCUACUCGCUUCACCGCCCCGACGUGGGCGAGCACCUACUUGCUUCACCACCACGACGUGGGCGAGCACCUACUCGCUUCACCACCCCGACGCGGGCGAGCACCUACUCGCUUCACCACCCCGACGCGGGCGAGCACCUACUCGCUUCACCACCCCGACGCGGGCGAGCACCUACUCGCUUCACCACCCCGACGUGGGCGAGCACCUACUCGCUUCACCGCCCCGACGUGGGCGAGCACAUACUCGCUUCACCACCCCGACGUGGGCGAGCACCUACUCGCUUCACCACCCCGACGUGGGCAAGGACCUACUCGCUUCACCACCCCGACGUGGGCGAGCACCUACUCGUUUCACCACCUCGACGUGGGCGAGCACCUACUCGCUUCACCACCCCGACGUGGGCGAGCACCUACUCGCUUCACCACCCCGACGUGGGCGAGCACCUACUCGCUUCACCAGCACGACGUGGGCGAGCACCUUCUCGCUUCACGACCCCGACGUGGGCGAGCACCUACUCGCUUCACCACCCCGACGUGGGCGGGCACCUACUCGCUUCACGACCCCGACGUGGGCGAGCACCUACUCGCUUCACCACCCCGACGUGGGCGAGCACCUACUCGCUUCACCACCCCGACGUGGGCGAGCACCUACUCGCUUCACCACCACGACGUGGGCGAGCACCUACUCGCUUCACCACCACGACGUGGGCGAGCACCUACUCGCUUCACCACCACGACGCGGGCGAGCACCUACUCGCUUCACCACCACGACGCGAGCGAGCACCUACUCGCUACACCACCAUGACGUGGGCGAGCACCUACUCGCUUCACCACCCCGACGUGGGCGAGCACCUACUCGCUUCACCGCCCCGACGUGGGCGAGCACCUACUCGCUUCACCGCCCCGACGUGGGCGAGCACAUACUCGCUUCACCACCCCGACGUGGGCGAGCACCUACUCGCUUCACCACCCCGACGUGGGCAAGGACCUACUCGCUUCACCACCCCGACGUGGGCGAGCACCUACUCGUUUCACCACCUCGACGUGGGCGAGCACCUACUCGCUUCACCACCCCGACGUGGGCGAGCACCUACUCGCUUCACCACCCCGACGUGGGCGAGCACCUACUCGCUUCACCAGCACGACGUGGGCGAGCACCUUCUCGCUUCACGACCCCGACGUGGGCGAGCACCUACUCGCUUCACCACCCCGACGUGGGCGGGCACCUACUCGCUUCACGACCCCGACGUGGGCGAGCACCUACUCGCUUCACCACCCCGACGUGGGCGAGCACCUACUCGCUUCACCACCCCGACGUGGGCGAGCACCUACUCGCUUCACCACCACGACGUGGGCGAGCACCUACUCGCUUCACCACCACGACGUGGGCGAGCACCUACUCGCUUCACCACCACGACGCGGGCGAGCACCUACUCGCUUCACCACCACGACGCGAGCGAGCACCUACUCGCUUCACCACCCCGACGUGGGCGAGCACCUACUCGCUUCACCACCCCGACGUGGGCGAGCACCUACUCGCUUCACCGCCCCGACGUGGGCGAGCACCUACUCGCUUCACCGCCCCGACGUGGGCGAGCACCUACUCGCUUCACCGCCCCAACGUGGGCGAGCACCUACUCGCUUCACCGCCCCGACGUGGGCGAGCACCUACUCGCUUCACCGCCCCGACGUGGGCGAGCACCUACUCGCUUCACCACCCCGACGUGGGCGAGCACCUACUCGCUUCACCACCCCGACGUGGGCGAGGACCUACUCGCUUCACCACCCCGACGUGGGCGAGCACCUACUCGCUUCACCAGCACGACGUGGGCGAGCACCUUCUCGCUUCACGACCCCGACGUGGGCGAGCACCUACUCGCUUCACCACCCCGACGUGGGCGAGCACCUACUCGCUUCACGACCCCGACGUGGGCGAGCACCUACUCGCUUCACCACCCCGACGUGGGCGAGCACCUACUCGCUUCACCACCCCGACGUGGGCGAGCACCUACUCGCUUCACCACCACGACGUGGGCGAGCACCUACUCGCUUCACCACCACGACGUGGGCGAGCACCUACUCGCUUCACCACCACGACGUGGGCGAGCACCUACUCGCUUCACCACCACGACGUGGGCCAGCACCUACUCGCUUCACCACCCCGACGUGGGCGAGCACCUACUCGCUUCACCACCCCGACGUGGGCGAGCACCUACUCGCUUCACCACCCCGAUGUGGGCGAGCACCUACUCGCUUCACCGCCCCGACGUGGGCGAGCACCUACUCGCUUCACCGCCCUGACGUGGGCGAGCACCUACUCGCUUCACCGCCCCGACGUGGGCGAGCACCUACUCGCUUCACCACCCCGACGUGGGCGAGCACCUACUCGCUUCACCACCCCGACGUGGGCGAGCACCUACUCGCUUCACCACCAUGACGUGGGCGAGCACCUACUAGCUUCACCACCACGACGCGGGGCGAGCACCUACUCGCUUCACCACCCCGACGUGGGCGAGCACCUACUCGCUUCACCACCCCGACGUGGGCGAGCACCUACUCGCUUCACCACCACGACGUGGGCGAGCACCUACUCGCUUCACCACCACGACGUGGGCGAGCACCUACUCGCUUCACCACCACGACGCGGGCGAGCACCUACUCGCUUCACCACCACGACGUGGGCGAGCACCUACUCGCUUCACCACCCCGACGUGGGCGAGCACCUACUCGCUUCACCACCCCGACGUGGGCGAGCACCUACUCGCUUCACCACCCCGACGUGGGCGAGCACCUACUCGCUUCACCGCCCCGACGUGGGCGAGCACCUACUCGCUUCACCGCCCCGACGUGGGCGAGCACCUACUCGCUUCACCGCCCCGACGUGGGCGAGCACCUACUCGUUUCACCACCCCGACGUGGGCGAGCACCUACUCGCUUCACCACCCCGACGUGGGCGAGCACCUACUCGCUUCACCACCAUGACGUGGACGAGCACCUACUCGCUUCACCACCACGACGUGGGCGAGCACCUACUCGCUUCACCACCCCGACGUGGGCGAGCACCUACUCGCUUCACCACCCUGACGUGGGCGAGCACCUACUCGCUUCACCACCCCGACGUGGGCGAGCACCUACUCGCUUCACCACCCCGACGUGGGCGAGCACCUACUCGCUUCAUCACCCCGACGUGGGCGAGCACCUACUCGCUUCACCGCCCCGACGUGGGCGAGCACCUACUCGCUUCACCGCCCCGACGUGGGCAAGCACCUACUCGCUUCACCACCCCGACGUGUGCGAGCACCUUCAACGAGGGUGACCUCCCCCAAGACGUGCCCUUCAACGAGGGCGGCCUGCGCGUGCAUCUUCGGCAGUCCGGUCGGCCCGCCUGCCGCCUCACUCCCACCUACCCUGGGAGGCCUCGGCAUCACCGAUCCGGCAGCGGAUUGCAACUAUGCCUACAUGCCGUCAACGGCGACUACCUGCAGCCCUCCUCACGCAUCUCGGAGACGCCCUCCACCCCUUCUGGACCGAUUUUUUGA